AUGAAUUUCUCUUUGAAAUAUCUUUACCUUCUGGUGGCGUUCUUACUUCUUUGGUGUUCUGAAUCUACUAUUGAAGCAAAACAAAUAAUUAAAUCAGUCCAAAAUAGUGAUAUUUACAUCAAACAACAGGUAUACAAGGACCCAUCAGGAGUAUUUUCUUAUUUGUGGCGAAGACAUAAUAGAACUACAACACUUAAUCCGAAUUCUACUACUGAACAAUGGAAUACUACAACAACUAUUUCCUCUCAAUCAACAGCACUUUAUCCGAAUUCUACUACUGAACAAUGGAAUACUACCACAACUAUUUCAACUCAAUCAACAACACUUUAUCCUAAUACGACCACUGAAAGGCAGAAUACAACAACCGCUUUAUAUAAAUCAAAAAACUUAAAAGCAGCAACCCAACAAUAUCCAACUACUGCUGCUCAAGAAUCAACAUCAUAUCAUCCAAAUUCAACUUCUGAACAAUGGAAUGCAACUACUACUGCUCAUGAAUCAACAUCAUAUCAUCCAAAGUCAACUUCUGAACAAUGGAACACAACUACUGUUCCUCCUGUAUCAACUCAGGGAACAACUCAUCAUCAUCAUCAUUUUCGAAGGAGAACAACAAUAGCAUAA